AUGAACUUGCCACAGCUGCAGUAUAAUGGCACUCUCACCUUCGCUUGCCAGCGGGAAACACUAACCGGAAGAAAGGAAAAAGGAGACCCAUUAAAUUCAGCUAUUGACAAGAUGACCAAGAAGACCCGUGAUCUUCGCAGACAGCUAAGGAAGGCUGUUAUGGACCACAUAUCUGACUCUUUCCUGGAGACAAACGUGCCUCUGCUGGUGCUGAUAGAGGCGGCCAAGAGCGGUAACGAGAAAGAGGUUAAGGAGUAUGCGCAGGUCUUCCGCGAGCACGCCAACAAGCUGGUGGAGGUUGCCAACCUCGCCUGUUCCAUCUCCAACAACGAGGAGGGUGUGAAGUUAGUGCGCAUGGCUGCUACACAGAUCGAUAGCCUGUGUCCUCAGGUAAUCAAUGCCGCCCUGACCUUGGCCGCACGCCCACAAAGCAAGGUGGCUCAGGACAACAUGGAUGUUUUCAAGGACCAGUGGGAGAAGCAAGUACGCAUCCUGACCGAGGCCGUUGAUGACAUCACUUCUGUGGAUGACUUCUUGUCUGUUUCAGAGAACCACAUUCUGGAAGAUGUGAAUAAGUGUGUGAUCGCCCUGCAGGAGGGGGAUGUGGACACCCUGGACAGGACAGCAGGAGCAAUCCGGGGCCGAGCCGCUCGUGUGGUACACAUUAUUAACGCUGAGAUGGAGAACUAUGAACCUGGCGUCUACACGGAGCGUGUUCUUGAGUCCAUCAAGCUCCUCUCUGAGACAGUGAUGCCACGCUUUGCAGAGCAGGUUGAGGUCGCCAUCGAGGCUCUUAGCACCAGCCCCCCGCAGCCAUUUGAAGAGAACGAGUUCAUUGACGCCUCUCGUCUCGUUUACGACGGAGUGCGUGACAUCAGGAAAGCAGUCCUUAUGAUAAGAACUCCAGAAGAGUUGGAAGAUGAUUCUGACUUUGAACAAGAAGACUAUGACGCCCGUAGCCGCACCAGCGUCCAGACAGAAGAUGACCAACUUAUUGCUGGACAGAGCGCAAGGGCUAUCAUGGCUCAGCUGCCUCAGGAAGAGAAGGCCAAGAUUGCCGAACAGGUGGAGAGCUUCAGGCAGGAAAAGAGCAAGCUGGACGCAGAGGUCGCCAAGUGGGACGACAACGGAAAUGACAUCAUCGUGCUGGCCAAACAGAUGUGUAUGAUCAUGAUGGAGAUGACUGACUUCACUAGAGGCAAAGGCCCUCUGAAGAAUUCCUCUGAUGUGAUCAAUGCUGCAAAGAAAAUCGCGGAAGCCGGAUCCAGAAUGGACAAGCUUGCCCGUGCCGUGGCUGACCAGUGCCCAGACUCAGCCUGUAAGCAGGACUUAUUGGCGUACCUCCAGAGAAUCGCCCUCUACUGCCACCAGCUCAACAUCUGCAGCAAGGUCAAGGCUGAGGUUCAGAACCUGGGAGGAGAACUCAUUGUUUCAGGGCUGGACAGCGCUACAUCCCUCAUCCAGGCGGCCAAGAACUUGAUGAAUGCCGUGGUCCUCACAGUCAAGGCCUCCUACGUGGCUUCCACCAAGUACCAGAAGGUGUACGGCACGGCGGCGGUCAAUUCCCCGGUGGUGUCCUGGCGCAUGAAGGCCCCGGAGAAGAAACCCCUGGUGAAGAGAGAGAAACCAGAGGAGUGCCAGACCCGUGUCAGGCGAGGCUCGCAGAAGAAACACAUAUCCCCCGUCCAAUCUGCUUAA